UAAACAGAGUUGGCGGCAAAGAUGGAGUUGGCAGAGAGUGAAACCUUACCCAGCGAGGAAACAAAUCAGGAAUACAGAGUCCAUGUUACCUCGAAGAGAAAAGUAAAUGAGCAGGUAAAUAAAUAUAAAGAGGUUUUGAAGACAGCGCUGGACGGACAGACGGAGGUUACAGAGGAGACAAAACGACUUUUACUGCGGGAGCUGCUGGCGAGCUUUGAGGCGGCUGUUCAGGUCAAUGUGUUGGUGAAUGGACAGCUUUGGGAGGAGGCACCUGAUGUUGAAGAGGAUGAGGCUGUGGAUCUGGAAGGUCUCUUGGAUGAUACCAUCGUUGAGACCACCAGGAGGCGGCGUACAUACCCCAGGAAGAUCCUUCCCCAUGUGGUCCAUGCCCUCAAGGCUGAACGAAAAAUUAUGGGAUUAUAUGAGCCUGCAGUCAAACCUCAGGAGGUGGUCAAAGAUCCUGAUCAAGAGAGCAUCAUGAGCGAUUUGUCAGCAGCUGCUCCUGGGAUGGUAAAACAGGCUAUCCAGGUCAUAAAGUCGAUCAACACUCUGCAAAAGCAAGCUGAAGGCCUCUGUGAGAUCCUCAACAUGAAACCCAGUCAAGCCUCUCAAGAGGUCCACAGAGAGGUGUUGGGUUUUAACCCCCAAUCAGAUGCUCUCAUGCCUCCGGCAAAUGGAGCUACAAGACACAGGCAGUCAAUCAAGAGAGCCAUUGAGGAAGCGGCAACCACAGAGGGCUAUGUACCCCUGGCCAAGAAACCAGAUUGGAUUGUUGAAUGGGAGAAGCAGAAGUGAAGCGUCGUCUUACUGUUUCCACGGGACAGUAAAGCAACGUGAUGUAGGUGUGAUUUGUAAUGGACUGAGUUUUUCCUACACAGUAGUUUUUUGGCUCUAGCAUGGAAAAUGAUGAUAAAAUACAUCUGGUCUUCAUAUUUAUUCAUUUAAAACAGUGAAAAAGAAAGAGAAAAUUUCCAUUUUUCACAUUUUGGCAUGAAUAAACAGGCAACUGCCCACAUAUUCUCAUAACCAAAAGCAACUGCAGGAUCACUUUAUGGCCCAAAGCCACAAGAAGGCGCUGUUCUUCUGAAGCUUGUGCAGAAAGCCUCCGAUUGUGCUGCUGAAAAAAAUCCCCUCAAACCUGUUAAUGCUCAUUAGAGAAUAAAAAAAGUGACGUGGACAAAAAGCGGCAGAAACAUUCCUGAAUCAUAACAAGUGUUGACACAGAUUUUGUCGCUUGCUUUUCAAUUUUCCAUUAGUAACAGGUGUUAAUGUGAGCAUAAAUGAGUUUAAGCACACAUUUGCAGUACAUUUUAUUCUUUUCAUAUUUACUGAGCUUGAUGAGGACCUGACUUAUUUUAUAACUGGACAGAGGAGUUCUGAUUCUCCAAUACAUCAGGAAAUCACGAUGAUUAAACCCCUAAAAACUCAACUCUGUAUCAAGGUUGCAUAUUUCAAGGUUUCUUAGAUGUAACUACAGUAGCUUCUUUUUGAAUCUUCAAAUCUAUGACGUGUCUCUUUCCACCUACACCUCGGCUCGCUGCAGCUCAAGCACACCGGCUCCCAUACAACUCUGCUCAAACACUGUCAAAGUGCUUUACACGACACAAUGGUAUGUUGUAGUAUUGGAGUAAUGCAGCCAUGCAAGCUGGAUGUUUUUUUUCUGAAGAAUAAUAAUGCAGAAAAUCCAACCCUACAGGAUGGGUUUGUUUAGUUUGUGUGAAUGACCUUGACUGUUGACUGUCAACUGUAUAAAUACAACCAUUUACCAUUUACCAUUUCAACUACUCUAAUCUUGUGUGGUUUAGAAGAAAUCCAAAAGCAGAAUCUUAAUUUUAAAUUAAAGAUUUUGUACAUUUUGGCACCGAAACCACCCUGAAAUUUUAGGCAACAUUAAGUAGUUUUGAGGAGUUAAGUAAUUCAGAUUGUAUUUUAAAAAAGAGACCACAGACUUGAAUUCAUGUUGUAUUAGAAAUAUACUUCUUUUGUAUAAGAUCUGUCUGUACUUUCUCUGUUUGAAAUGAAAUUCUUUCCUUUUUUUGUAGAUGCUAUAUUCAACUGUUUGUGGUUACUCCAAGUUUAAUGUAAAUACAUAUACAGCUCAUUUAAACUUUUCUUUACAAUCUA